UAGUUAGUGGAAGGGUUCUUUCUUGGGUUAAAAGUAGUUGCUGCUAUUAUAUCCUGAAGCGUCUGACUGUCCUGGUGGGGACAUAUGAGCACUGCCACAGGCCUGGAAUAUCCCGGGGGGUAAGAAUAGCCCAUAAUAAGAGAUGACUGCUGUUUGCUCUGCUGGUCAUUGCAGUUGUCAGGAAUGUCCUGCCUCAGAGGCAAACGGCUUAGGGCCGUCUCAGCCUGGAGACAGAAAAACCCACCUCCUACUCCUGGCUCAAACCUUCGCUUUCCAUCUGCAGCUCACACCUUGAAGUCUUUGGAGUUAAAGGACAUUUAUCCAGGCAAGGAUUGUUCCACCUCCUUGGAGAACACAGUCCUCCAUAGUCUCCGGCAGCCUCGAGCCUGUGACAUUCUGGAAGCAUGGAAGGCGUGGACGUGCUGGGGUUUCUCAUCAUCACGUUAAACUGCAACGUGACGGUGGUGGGGAAGCUCUGGCUGGUCCUCACGCUGCUGCUGCGGAUGCUGGUGAUCGUCGUGGCGGGGCGCCCCGUCUACCAGGACGAGCAGGAGAGGUUUGUGUGCAACACGCUGCAGCCGGGGUGUGCCAACGUUUGCUACGACGUGUUCUCCCCGGUGUCCCCGCUGCGGUUCUGGCUGAUCCAGGCCGUGUGCGUCCUCCUGCCCUCCGCCGUCUUCGGCGUCUACGUCCUGCACCGAGGAGCCGCGCUCGCCGCGCUGGGCCCCCGCCGCGGCCCCGAACCCCCGGCCCCCGCGCAGAGGCGCGGCCCCCGGCCCGGCAGGGAGCGCGGCGGGCUCCGCGUGCCCGACUGCUCGGCCGCCUACGUGGCGCACUUGCUCCUGCGGACGCUGCUGGAGGCCGCGUUCGGGGCCCUGCACUACCUGCUCUUCGGCUUCCGGGCCCCCGAGAGCUUCGCGUGCGCGCGGCCCCCGUGCUCCGGCGUGGUGGACUGCUACGUGUCGCGGCCCACGGAGAAGUCCCUGCUGAUGCUGUUCCUCUGGGCGGUCAGCGCGCUGUCCUUCCUGCUGGGCCUCGCGGACCUGGGGUGCAGCCUGCGGCGGCGGAUGCGCGGGAGGCCGGGACCCCGCGGGGAGACCCCGAGCGCCGCCCCCGGGAGGCAGAGCGGAGCCCGCGGCCACGCGGAGGAGGGUGGGCGGGAGGACGACUGGGGGCCCGCAGGGGCGGGGGCGGGCGGCCCCAGGGGUCCAUCCAGGGGGCCGCGGCGCGCGGGGAUUCCGGAUGAAGGUGAGAGCGAGGUGACGUCCUCCGCCAGCGAAAAGCUGGGCCCGGAGCCCCGGGGCAGGCCCCACCGAGAGGCCGUCCAGGACCCCAGGGGCUCAGGAUCGGAGGAGCAGCCCGCAGCAGCCCCCCGCCACCUGGCCGCGCACCCCUCCUGCGGCCGCCUGCAGCCCCCCGACCCGCCUGCGGGCUGCCGCGCUGCUCCCCACCUGAGGGCCAGGAAGUCUGAGUGGGUAUGAAAUAAACAGCACCCGGCCGUGCCCCGGGGCUUACGCCUGUAAUCCCAACAUUUUGGGAGGCCCAGGCAGGAGGAUCGCCUGAGUCCACGAGUUCGAGACCAGCCCGGGCAACAUAGUGAGACCCUCGUCUCUACAAAAUAACUAAACAUUAGCUAGGCACAGUGUCUCCCGCCUGUAGUCCCAGCUACUUGGGAGGCUGAGGUGGGAGGACCAUUUGAGCCUGGGAAGUGGAGGCUGCAGUGAGCCAAGAUCUUCCUACUGCAUUGGAGCCUGGGCAAUAGCAUGAGACCCUGUCUCAAAAAAAAAAAAAAAAAAGCACCAAGCAGAGCUGAGAGAGCCCUGCUGUCCUUAACACGGAAUGCCUGUGCCAAUGAACACUCACUUUGGCACCUGUAAAAUCUCAUCACUCAGUGGAAGUCCUCAGGCAGAAGGGUGAGCUGGCCUGGGGACACAUGGACCUCACAGGAGACUCUGAUAUAUUCUCAGUACAGAUUUAAUUUAGAUAACACUUUUUUAUGUUAAAAAAAAAAAGCACAUGACAUUUAAAUGCCCCAGCAAAACUAAAGUGAUGAAGUGGAGUCAGCUUUCUGAUGAUGGUGAGCUGGCUGUGCCCGCUACACUCCCCGGUUCUAGUACCAAAUUCUUUGCCGUGUGUUUCAUGCAAGGCAUGUUUGCUUCCAUUAGUAUAGUUUAUUCAUGUUUAAUAUUUUCUAGUGAAUUAUCAUGGGGUUGUUUUGUUUUUCUGCUUUAGAUGAAAGAAACAUCUGUUAUGCAUGUCAUAAAUAGAGAGACAUUAAACUUUUCCGAACUCCUGAAUACAGUUGUAUUAGUUGACUUUCAUACUGCUAUAGAGAAAUACCGGAGACUGGAUAAUUUAUAAAGAAAUAAAGCUUUAAUGGACUCACAGUUGCACGUGGCUAGGGAG